AUGCGCUUGAAAUGCUUAGCAGAAAUGUCAUGAAACAUGACUUCAGAGACAAGGAAACUUAUCUUGUAGGUGAAUGAAGUCUGCAUUUACCAAAGCCCCUAGUCACGGCUGACAGUUCAAGACACGAAGCCAGAAGAAAUUGCGGUCGCAGUUUCACGGGAAACUCAUCCGUCCGUUUUGUCCUACAGAGCGCCGACACAGCUCAUACUGAACUGCGCAGGCCUGUCAUUAGAUAAAUUCCCGCACAGAAGAACAUAUGAUACUAAAAAGAUUCAUUCCAUUUAGUUUUUGAUUCGAAAUAGCGUCGACGAUGAGAAAGGACGUACGGAUAUUACUUGUUGGGGAACCCAAAGUUGGGAAGACGUCCCUGAUUAUGUCACUUGUCAGUGAGGAGUUCCCUGAUGAGGUUCCUCCCCGAGCUGAGGAGAUCACCAUUCCUGCAGACGUCACACCUGAAAGAGUACCCACACACAUUGUGGACUACUCAGAAGCAGAGCAGUCAGAUGAGCAGCUGUACCAAGAGAUUUCUAAGGCAAAUGUCAUUUGCAUAGUUUACGCUGUAAACAACAAGAAGUCCAUUGAGAAGGUUACCAGCCAUUGGAUUCCCCUCAUUAACGACAGAACAGACAAAGACAGCAGGGUACCGCUGAUCCUGGUCGGCAAUAAGUCGGACCUGGUGGAGCAUAGCAGUAUGGAGACCAUUCUGCCAAUCAUGAACCAGUACUCUGACAUUGAAACCUGCGUGGAGUGCUCGGCGAAAAACCUGAAGAAUAUCUCUGAGUUGUUUUAUUACGCCCAGAAGGCUGUUCUCCACCCGACGGGACCGCUGUACUGCCCGGAGGAGAGAGAGAUGAAGCCUUCCUGUAUCAAAGCACUCACCCGUAUCUUCAAAGUGUCAGAUUUGGACAACGAUGGUAUUCUCAACGACAACGAACUCAAUUUUUUUCAGAGGACCUGUUUCAACAUGCCGCUGGCCCCCCAGGCCUUGGAAGACGUGAAAAACGUGGUGCGGAAAAACAUGACGGAUGGAGUGAAGGAUAACGGUCUCACUCUGAAAGGUUUCCUGUUCCUACACACACUCUUCAUCCAGAGAGGGAGGCACGAGACCACGUGGACCGUACUCAGGAGGUUUGGUUACGACGAUGACCUGGAGCUUACCCAGGAGUACCUGUUCCCAUUGUUAAAAAUCCCUCCGGAUUGCACCACAGAACUCAACCAUAACGCGUAUCUCUUUCUCCAGAGUGUGUUUGACAAGCAUGAUAAAGACCGCGACUGCGCUCUGUCUCCAGAGGAACUGAAGGACCUGUUCAAAGUCUUUCCCUACAUGCCCUGGGGCCCUGAUGUCAACAACACGGUCUGCACCAACGAGCAGGGCUGGAUCACGUACCAGGGCUACCUCUCUCAGUGGACGUUAACGACGUACCUGGAUGUGCAGCGCUGUUUGGAGUAUCUUGGUUACCUUGGUUACUCCAUCAUCAAUGAGCAAGAGUCUCAGGCAGCUGCCAUCACAGUGACGAGGAACAAACGAAUCGACCUGCAGAAGAAGCAGACCCAGCGCAGCGUGUUUCGCUGUAACGUGCUGGGAGCUCGCGGCAGUGGGAAGAGCGGAUUCCUUCAGGCCUUCCUGGGUAGAAACCUGGUGAAGCAAAAGAGAGUACGAGACGAACACAAAUCCUACUACGGCAUCAGCACCACGUACGUCUACGGCCAGGAGAAGUACCUGCUGCUUCACGAGGUUCUCCCGGACUUUGAGUUCCUCUCAGAGGCUGAUCUGGCGUGUGACAUCGUCUGCCUGGUGUAUGACAUCAGCAACCCCUAUUCAUUUGAGUACUGCGCCAAAGCCUAUAAGAAGUACUUCAUGGACAGCAAGACGCCGUGCAUGAUCAUCGGCGCCAAGUCCGACCUGCACGAGGUCCGUCAGCACUACAGCCUCUCGCCUCUCGACUUCUGCAGGAAACACAAGCUGCACCCGCCCCAGCUCUUCACCUGCAACACGGCCGACGCGCCCAGCAAAGACAUCUACACCAAACUCACCACCAUGGCCAUGUACCCUCACGCCAAGUUACGCUGCAUGUGCACCUGCAACCGGUGCACCUUCUGCAUCUGUCAGAACCUCCUCAACUCAGAGCUGCUGCGCUCUGUAAAGGCCAGGCUCGUCACUGCCGUUUUAAACAGGUUGAGACCUUUCGUAGAGGACGUGGGUGCGUUUCUGCUGGCCGAUGAGGAAUCCAGCCUAAUCCACCAGGUGCAUGCAGUCAGCUAUGUAGAAGACUCGAUCUACAUGGAGUCGUCCGUUGACCCCUUUCUGCCCAGGCACAUGACUCAGGCUGAUCUGAAGAACUCUACGUUUUGGUUGCGGGCCAGUGUUGGAGCCACAGUAUUUGCGGUGUUGGGGUUUGCCAUGUACAAAGCUCUCCUCAAGCAACGGUGAUGCGUUAAUGGAAGCAUGUGACUACAACCCAGCUGCCCUGGCAAAAGAACUACAAAGCCUACCAUCCCCUUCUCACCCAUGUCAUUCCCCUUUUGGAA